AUAUUAAUACUAAUAGUUAACGUUAUAAAAACUACAAUUUAAAGCAUUUAUAACGUUAAAUUAAAAUGGGCAAUUGGAAAUUAGAAGUCGGCAGAAUGGCUAUGUACACGUCAUUCCCAGUUGCUCUAUUUUUUUUCUUUAACCAACCAACCUAUUUCGAGGAAUGGGUAACUAAUACUAAACGCCAAAUAUUUCCACCAGAAAAUAAGCAGGAUCGAGAAGCUAUACAGAAGUUAAUACAGGAUAUGAAAAGGAAACAGAUGAGAUCAAUUGAAGGAGAGUAAAUAUCAACAUGAUUAUUUUAAAAUUUUAUAAAAAUAGGUAAUUUUGUAAAUAUUUAAUUAGAGUAAUUAACAAUUGAAA